UUGGUGUAUCGCCGAUAUGUCUUCAUAUUUAAUUCUUCUGAUUACUUUAUUAUUGUUAACAUAUGCUUCGUCAAAGAAUUAUGGAAUUGGGGAUAUUUGGCAGAGGAAUUUAAAUGAAUACGAUGAAAGUGACGGAAAUUACGACGAACUUAUUACUGAAGACGAUUAUAAAAGGAACAAUGUAAUCGAUGCGGAGGAAAAAGAGCCCACAGAUCUUAGAUCAAAGAAAAGUCCAGUUCUCUGUACCGUACGGAAGGUGCUAAGAACUCAUCCACAAGACGGUUAUGAGUAUCAUCCUCGACAUUAUCAUGAAUAUGAGUGCGUACCAGCUCAACAAGAACUUGAAAACGGAAUCACAGAUCAGGACAUAUGUACAUUAAUAGAAUGUAAAACACUAGAAAGGACUUUAGUCUUCGCAAGACAGUUGAUAGCACCAUCAACAAACUGCUCGUUAGAACCACACGAAAAACCAGUUAAAGUUGGAUGCAACUGUAUACAUCACAUUAAACACCAUUUUCUUUAGUCUGUACAUUCCAAUCGUGUUUCAAUAAAUUGAAAAUAUAUA